AUGCUUUGUGCAAUUUGUUUAGAUGCUACUACAAAAUAUUAAAAUAGAAAAGCUAAUAUUUUAUUUUGUAAAAAUAUUUAUUGUUAUUUCUAAUUUCAAAAGAUUACAUAUAAUCAUAUUAUAUAAAUAUAAGAAGUGAAAAACUCUCAAUUAAGAUCAAUAUUGACAGUUUAAAAUUUAAGGGAAAAGGCUAAUGCGAUAAAUAAUUUUUUUUAAAUUUAGGCAAACAUUUUAUAGUGGAGUAAAAAUGCAUUAAAAAGAAGGUUGCAUUCACCUUUGAGAAGAAAAUAAUAAUAAUAAAAAUUGAUGAGGAAAAUUAAGAAUUAUAAAGACUUGAGCUUAAAAAAUAAAUUCUUAAAUAAAAAUAAUAAGAUUAAAUUCAUAGAUAUGAAAAGUUACGUGAUCAUAUGACUAGAGUAAUUUUUAAUAAGGUUUAACAGAUUAAACCUAAAUUUCAAAGUUCUCCUAUGAUGAAAACAUAAUUUGCAUUUGUUAAAAGUAAAAGCACUACUUAUUUGUUUAACAAACAAUAUUAAUUAGAUUCAUUUAUGGAAAACAGUAAAAUAAAUGAUUUGUUAAAAUCAGAAAUUAAACUUAGCAAAAUAUCAAAAAUAGAAUGA